AUGCUGGGCAUGGAUAUCACCACUUAUUCUUCCCUGGUCAUUGCGAUCGGUGGGCUUGUGUAUGGUGUUGACACGGGCAUUAUCGCGACCACCAUCGCCCACAACUCCUUCAAGACAUACAUGUACGGUUCGCUUGAUGCUAAGCCCCAACUCACUGGUGCCGUCGUAUCGACAUAUUAUGCCGGCAACUGUAUCGGCUCUCUAACGUCUGGUGCCAUGAUGGACAAGUGGGGUCGCAAGAUUCUUGUCAUGCCUGCCACCCUUUGUGCCAUCAUCGGCACUGUGAUCCAAACUGCGUCAGUCAAUGUUGGGGUGAUGAUCACAGGUCGUAUUAUUGCCGGGCUUGCCACUGGAUCCUUACUGACAAUUGUACCCGUUUACGUUGCCGAGCUCGCACCCCCAAAGAACCGAGCUUACUUAGUCGCACUCAAGGGUCUACUCACCGGUAUCGGGUAUCUUGUCGCGAACUGGAUCGGCUAUGCUGGCUCAUAUGCCAAGGGCGAUGUGCAGUGGAGAGUCCCUCUCGCUAUGCAGGUUCCUCCGGCCGCUCUCUUACUUGUUUUAACUGUCUUUCUUCCCGACUCCCCUCGGUGGCUCGUUGCAAAGGAACGCCACGAAGAUGCACAAAGAGUGAUUACAAUGCUCCACGCCAAGAAGGGAGAGGAUUUCAUUCAACGCCAAAUGCUCGAAAUCCGAGAGCAGCUUGCUCUGGAACAAGCCCAACGGACGAGUGCAAGCUGGGUAGAACUCUUUACUCUCCGCUACGCUAAGCGACUCUUGCUGACCUGUUUUAUCCUCAACAUGACUAAACUUUCUGGUGGGGGCGUGGUCCAAAAUUACCAGUCUUUGUUCUAUGCCGGCCUCGGGUUCGAAGGAAGAACAGUUCUCUUGAUCAGCGGCUGUUAUGGAUUUAUGGGUGUCAUCGGCCAGAUAAUCAACAUGGCGUUUGUACCUGAUAAGCGGCCACGUAAGCGAACAAUGUGGCUUGGUUCUCUCGUUCCAACAACCUUUCUGGUUCUCCUCACCAUCAUGUCCAGAUUCUACGGCGAUGGUAGCCAUCUCGCUGGAGCCGCAGCUGGCGUUGCCUUCAUUUUCCUGUACUCAGCCUGCUACGCCAUCUUCUUCAACAGUACAGUAUGGGUCGUUGUCUCUAAGAUCUUCCCCCAGCAUCUCCGUGGUAAUGGCAAUGCCUUCGCUGUAUUUUCCAUGUCUGUGACAAACAUUUGGCUCUCCCAGAUCACGCCAUAUACGUUUGAGGCUAUCGCCUGGAAGUUCUACUUUGUCUUUAUUGCGCUUAACCUGGCCGCCACUGUUAUCUACUGGGUUUGGUUACCUGUAAUAAAUCAGUUGACCCUUGAGGAGAUUGCUGGGGCAUUUGGAGACGAGGUUGUUCAGUCUGAUAAGCUUGACCAUGACCACAAAGAAGAUAUCAGUAAAUGA